CCCACUUAUAAGAACGGAAUGGCCAUUGACGGGGUUUGACAGGUCUUGCCUAAGCCACGCCUGAUUUCUGUAUACUGUCAUUGUAUUGGUUGAGCAGCGGGACGCCUAGGACCGUAUCGGUAAUUUUUUCAUAGUGGUCCAAAACUGCACCGAGAUUUGGAAUAUUGGGUUACAGUCCAGCAGCAAAAUGGCGACUGUCAUUCAGAAUCCUCUGAGUUCACUGGGGGACCAGUUCUACAGAGAGGCCAUAGAGCACUGUCGCAGCUACAAUGCCCGUCUCUGCGCCGAGCGAAGUGUCCGCAUGCCCUUCCUGGACUCUCAGACAGGGGUGGCCCAAAACAACUGCUACAUCUGGAUGGAACAGCGCCACCGACAGCCAGGUCAGGCUGCAGGACAGAUGUACACCUACCCCGCGCGCUGCUGGAGGAAGAAAAGGCGUCUGCACCCUCCUCUUGAUCCCCAGCUACGCCUGUGUGAGCUCAGACUCGAGGCCGAGUUGGCCCCGAAGCGGGAGGCCCCUCCUGGGGAGGCGACAGCCCUGGAGGCCCUGCUGAGAGGAGAGGGGCUGCUGGAGAAGAAGAGCAACAUGAGCAAGGAGGAGGAAACCCUUCUGGAGAUCCAGAGGGUCCUGGAAGCCGACGAGAACGGGGACGGUUUCCAUGACGACGAGGACUUUGAAGUGGACACUCCAAAGAGGAAGCACAGAAACAAAGGCAGAGUGAGUGGUCGAGGUUCUGGUCGGAGGAGGACAGAGGCGGUUGCCAAUGACGACCAGGACAAACCUUACGUCUGUGACAACAGAAACAAACAAAAGCAUAACUCAAAAUCCGCUGACUCAGUCUGUGGGAAGCGCUACAAGAACCGUCCGGGGCUGAGCUACCACUAUGCCCACACCCACCUGGCAGAGGAGGAGGGGGAGGAGGAGAGGGAGGACGAGGUGGCCCCGUCCCCCCCACCACGGCCAGACAACCACAAACCUCAGAAAGGCCCAGAUGGUUCCAUCAUCCCUAACGACUACUGUGACUUCUGCCUGGGGGACCAGGACUCCAACCGGAAGACCGGCCAGGCCGAGGACCUGGUGUCCUGCUCCGACUGCGGACGCUCUGGUCACCCCACCUGUCUACAGUUCACAGACAACAUGAUGCAGGCCGUCAGGACCUACCAGUGGCAGUGUAUAGAGUGCAAAUCCUGCAGCCUCUGUGGCACCUCAGAGAAUGACGACCAGCUGCUGUUCUGUGACGACUGUGAUCGUGGGUACCACAUGUACUGUCUGAAGCCUCCUAUGACCCAGCCCCCUGAAGGGAGCUGGAGCUGUCACCUGUGUCUGGCUCUGUUAAAGGACAAGGCUUCAGCCUACGAAGAGCCCUAACACCAGCCAACCACCAGUACCAACCAGGACAUUCCUCUUGCCACACGCACACACCCUCACACAUGCACAUACACACAAUCACAGGCUCGGGGCAGACAUUAGUCUUACUUCGUCCAGUUGUCAGCUUCUUGUGGAAGAGUACAGCUUACGCCCCUGAUCCAGGAGUCAGGCUAUCUGCAAGCAGCUCUCUACCUCACAACUCCUGCCAACAUCCAAGAACACACCCCUCAACUGAAAUUCACACAUCAGGUAGCACAAGCUCAUUCAGAACCCAAACCUAGGUACAAAUUACAACAAGUUUGUGUAUUUUCCACACAAUAAGUGAUACAACAUUUAUAGUAUAACACAACCUACACUUCUUGAAACCAGAGAGUUAGAGUCAGUUUUACUUGUUUGUUUGAAUUCAUAGAUUCCCCUGUGUCCUUUGCGUAAUUAGAUUUCAAAAUGACAGACUUAUUUUAAUAUUUAGACUUACUUGAUACUCUGUAAUACCUUAUUUGACCAGAUUUGUAAAGCAAACUGUUAUCAAUGCUGCAUAUGGAGUGAGAGCACAGAGUCUUGUUGCUCUAACAUGACUCUCUCUCUCUGAAGCUCAGCAACAUUCCCAGUCCACGCUUUGUUUCUGUAUCACCGUGGUAACUAGGAGAGUAAGGUGCUUAUGAAAACAAUUGUCCGAGGACACUUAAAAAUAAACUGUUAUUCAUGCAUUCCUACUGAUAUUGACUGUUACUGUGGGUGAAUGCUUGGUUCAGAACAUUAAACUACUGUUAAAUUCCUGGUCUUAUAAUAGGAUAGUUAGUUACAUAUGACCAUUGAUGCUGUCAAAUGGUAUAAAGAUUUUACAUGGCCUCUAAAGUAUAUCUUUAUAU